AUGGUGCAACAUCUCUCCGUUGCCAUCCAUGGCCUGUCUGGACGUUGCCUCCAGCUUCAGGCAUCUCAGAAAGAGUUUUCGGUGAAACCGGAGGACACCAUCGGUCGCAUCAAGCAGCAAGUAGGAGCUGCCUGGCAGGUACCGGCGAUGUGCCUGCAGUUGUCCCUGGAUUCGGAUUUAUUGGAAGAUCUGGAAACUCUCGGCGGCAGAAGCAGCGAAAAGACUAUCUUCGACUUGGCUGCUGUGUACCUGCCAGAGCGGCUUUAUGAAGCCUUGGACCACGGGAAGCUGCUUGAGAAAAGGGAGGCCCUAGUCGCGUUGCCUUCGAUAGCUGCUCCGGAUGAUCGGCGUGCACUUCGUGCCGCGAUGCGAGGCUUGGAGAUCCCGGUGCCAGAGCUACAUGUUGCUGCCAUCGACGCCCUCGUGGCAUUGGGAAAGGGCAAAGACCACAUCAUUGAGGAGAUCGCUUCGUUGGCGGCAGAUGCGACGACGGUGCAGGUGAAGUGCCACGCCCUCGGCAGAUUGCCACAGGUGGCAGAACGAGGCAACGAGCGUGCAAUCGACGGAGUUCUGGCUGGCUUAUCUUCACCUGAGGAAGAUGUCCGCCACAAGGCAUUGAGCUGCGCAUUGCCUGCGCUCGUGGAGCCAGGUGAUUCGUCGGCUGUUUGGAAGCUGGUCGGUCUCUUGCGGCAUCGUGACCGGCGCAUCCGGGAAACUGCUGUGGAAGCGCUUUCCGUCGCGGUGGCAGCUUCUGCAGAAGGCCGCAGGACGGCAGUCCACGCCUGCGCUUCGCUGCUGGACUCCAGCGACUGGGUGGCGCGGCAGUUCGCUCUGAAGGCCAUAGCGAAUGUUGCAGAAGUUGGGGACGAAAGCGCUGCUGCCGUUGCCAUCGCCUGUUUGCACGACGCGGACCGUGACAUCAGGUGUCAGUCGAUCGAGGUCCUGCCAAAGAUUGCACCAAAGGGUGACGUCCAGGCGCUCCUGAGCAUGGUUAACUGCCUGGAGGACGUGGAUCCAGAUGUCCGAGCAACAGCCUCGCGUUGCCUGCCGAGGCUAGCUGUGCCAGGCGGUGGAAGCAGAGUGGUCCUCGAUGUCAUGAUUGGGCGCCUUGCCAGCCCCGAAGGUCACGUGCGGCACGGCGCCACAAGCCUCUUGCCCUGCCUUGCGCCACAAGGCGAUACAUCAUCACUGGAUGCAUUGAUGGCUCGCCUGCACGAUGUCCACAUCGACAUCCGCGUGUCGGCGGCCCACGCCAUUGCCGCGAUAGUGUCACCUGCAGACCUGCAGGCUAUGAGAAAACUGUCCGACAGCCUUGAAGAUGAUCACAAAGCAGUCCGCUGCGCAGUGCUGCAGGCUCUGCAGGAGCGCCUGGAAGACGGGUGUUUCGAUGACGCAUGGCGACAUGCCCGUGACAGCAUCUUCGGCAACGACGCACAGCUGGCAUCGCUGGAGAGCAGAAAAUUGCCAUCGAGCCUUGCUGGGAAGCAGCUUGCGGCAUCAGAACAGAAGCAGGCGCCUCUGCUGCUCGCGAUUCCAGAGCAACAAUCAGGUUCCUCGCAAGCCGUGGCCGGAACCGACUUCCACUUCACGCCGGUGCGGCGAGGUGCUGCCGACACGCUGACCUACAGCCAGACGGUCGGCACCCUGGCACAGCAGCCGAACUGCACCUCAUCCAGGGCUCAGGGAUGGAGCAAUGAGUUUUACCACACCACCAAACAACAUGACGCUGAGAUGAAGAAGAGGGCUUGGUACUGA